AUCCAGUCGGCGGCUAUCGACCGACACGCAACGCUCUGGCGUACUCCUCCGCCACUCACACAUCUGCGCGUGUCCGGCGCCGGCUGCGUCUCUGCAGGCAACGUUCGCUCUCACGUGCACGUCUAGACGCGGCCGUCGUCUUCUCCAGCGUUCUCACAGACGAGCCAGCCACCGCGUAACCCAGCAGCAGACGAUGGCCACCGUCACACAGGAUGCAGCCUACGCCGUAGACCCUCUUCUCUAUCGUCUACCGGAGUUCCCCUCAGCUAUUCCCAUCGCGCCGACUCCAGCAAUGAGUCCGUGUGAUUCCGAGGGAAUCGCUGCAUGGAUUACCAUCAGCGGAGGUGCCUUUCCUGCUAUGGUGUUGGGCGGUGAGCCGCGCAUUCCGCUCAACUUGCUCCUCAGCCGCGUUCUGAUUUCACAAGGAGUCAGUGAGAUACAAACCAUGAUGGAUGAUCUGAAUAUACACAAAUCAAUAGCCACAAGUGAUCAAGCGGAACGUCUCCGUAAAAUGGAUUCGGAAAUAACUCAGGAUCUUGCCAGUUUGAACUUGGUGACUCGCACAGAUGCGGAAAGAAUAUGUGGCAUUGUACGAAUAGAGAGUGAUCCCGGUGCUGGAGCAGAAUCUGAAGUGGACGAAUCCGAACGAUUAUGUGUGCAGCAUCAACUGUUCGGAACUGUGAAUGGAUGGUUAUAUCCAUCCAGAAAAGGCGGGCGAAGUAUACGCUGUCGUGAAUGCGAGUGCUUCUUCACGCCGGAGGACUUUGUCGCUCACUCACAUACUGACAACAGAGAGUCACAGCGCACGGUGCAUUGGGGUUUCGAUCCUGCCAAUUGGCGCUUGAUGCUGGAACUGGUGAAGCCAUCCUCCGAGUCCGCUGCCUGUAAAGAACGAUGGAAACAAUUUAUUGAUGAAGGGAGCACUUGCUUACCGAAAGUGACGGAAGAGUGUAGCCUGCUGAAGAAAACGAAACGUGCUAGCAUAAGCCAGGCUGAGGAGGUUCCCAUCAAGAUUGCGAGAUCUACGGGUUUUUCGAGUAUUGACGAGAAAUCAUUGACUGGUUCAAGCUAUGCAGCAUCUUCGUGUUCAAUCAGUUCGCUUCCACGCGACGAUCUGAAUCGUUUAUUUGGCUGUAUUUCGAUGGAUCCGCUUGCAAUGCUCACAGACACCAUGCGAAAAGAGACUGCGUUCAAGUUAAAGUCCUUCUCCGGUCUGCACGAAAAAUCAUCGCCUUCUGGAUGUACACAGCUCGUUCCACUAGAUCGUCUGCCACUCUCCGCGAUUCCCGAUCCAAGCACUUUUAUGUUGAUCGAUGACAAUAUGAUGCGAAUUCGAUCAAGCUGCGAGAAAUUGGAGGCUCUUGAAUUUGCAUUGAAACAGUCGACAACAGCUGAUCCAGCCAUCAUGGCUGCUAUUCGAGACAUAAGAGCCUCUUUAUCACAGGGCACUGGAGCAGAAUACCAGCGACUUCGUAAUGCUUACGAGUUCCUCUUUGCGCUGUUUCGUCAGUCGUGCGAUCCACUUGGAAGCGCCAGCGAUCCACUUUUGCGAGCAGCAGUAGCAAAUCUACGGUCUGAUCAACUCGCCCUUGGAGUUGCAAUGACUAAUCCGAAGCAAUCUUUGAAGACCCGGCAGUACUCGGAUUUCGUUCAGCAACACAUGAAAUUAGCUGAGAUGAGCCCAGUAGGAAAUGGAGCAAAAUUGCCCACUAUGCCACCGCUGUCGGUUGCGGCUUCAGUGGCUCCGAUGGAUCCCCAGCUACUACAAAACCUUUUAGUACAACAACUCAUGCAUUUCGCAUCUGCUCCGCAGUUGACACAAUGACAGCCCACAGUUUUUGAUUCUUUACUGCCAUAUGGGUGGUAGCAUGAGUGUGGCUCGAGCCACUUUACUGGUAACUAAGUACUAUUACAAUGAAAAUCUCUUGCUUCUCUAUUCUCAUUCCUUGUAGUCGUGUGGUUUUCUGUAGAACUUCAUAUUUUUAUUGCCGGAAUCACAAACGCAAUCAAGUUGUUUAUAUCUAUUGUAUGUUACUUGAUAACUUUAGCAGGGUAUCUGUGAUUGCGUAUGUGAGAGUGGUUUAUGAAUCGAUUUGUAAUUCGUUCCACCAAAGUGUAAAGAAGUUGUGACAAGUAGGCUCCUGAAAUGGUUCUUUUUGAUACGUUCAAAUUCUUGAUUUUGAUUGAUUCCUUCAGUUGUUAUCUUCUUACCUCAAACAGAUUUCUAUUGAUUAGUACCAUCGGAGUCGCUCCGUGCAUUAGAUCAGAGUUUAUUGUGAUGCGGUUUUAGUAUUAGCAUUAUUGCUACCGUCUAGUCGAGUAAUUCUGAAUUAUGGGUGUAGUCAAGGACAAAAUCACAAGAAGAAUAAAUCUUUGUCUUUGAU